AUGGCUCUUAUGAAACACAAGACCACCGAUUUUGUACAAGCUAUUUGGACCAAAUGGGAGGGGUCGACAGAAGAGAAGAUGGGACUGGUGCAUGGUCUAACCAUGUACGUAGCAGACCUUGCUACACUUAGACCCGGAGAAGAACUGAAUGAUCAGAUAAUAAAUACAUAUAUAAGCAUAAUACAGAAAAAAACAGAUCAGGUGAACCAGAUGAUGCUGUGUGUCAGCAGCCCUAUCAUAUCCUCUAUCAUGUUGGGGAAAGGCCAUAGAGGGUGGUCAAAAAAGCAGGACAUAAGAGACUAUGAUGUAGUCAUAGGCUGUGUAAAUGAAAAAAGUUGCCACUGGAUGGUUGUCGUUCUUGAUGUGCAACAUAGACAUUGUUUUGUUAUUGACCCACUCCACAAGACUAAAAGUCUUAGGCUAUAUUCAAAACAUUUAAAGCGAGCCUCUACAUUCUCCAACACCCUCUCCCAGGAGAGGUGA